AUGGAGGAAGUGGUAGUGGUUGCUAAUGAAUAUCGAGAUUGUGUAGUAAAAAUGGGAGAUAAACAGUUAAAAAUGAAUUUGAUACCGUUAAGCAUACCAGAGUUUGAUAUAAUUUUGGCUAUACAAACUAGAGAGUUAUUCAAGAAAGGGUGUCAGGGUUACUUGGCUUAUAUAGUUGACAUUGAAAAUAAAGAGGUGAAACUAGAAGAUGUACCAGUGGUAAGAGAAUUCACAGAUGUGUUUCCAGAAGAAUUGUCGGGGUUACCAGUGGACAGAAAGGUAGAUUUUACCAUUGAGUUGGUACCGGGAACAACUCAAAUUUCUAUUGCUCCAUAUCGAAUGGCACCAAUAGAAUUGAAAGAGUUGAAGAUACAGUUGCAAGAUUUACUGGAUAAGAGCUUCAUUGGACCUAGUAUUUGA